UUUUUGUGACCGAGAACAUUAUGCUAAAGUCCCACGCAAUUUUGACCUGUUCAACUGCCUCAAGGCAUCGCUAUCGCGCUCUGACAGCAUCGCAUCUCCAGUUCCGUAACACCUCUGUCCAGUUAAAAUCCAUGUCGUCGCGGUGUCUUUUCUUUACAUUAAUGGCCUCAACUACAUUGUAAAAAAUCGGUUGAACGUCUAUAACCAAACUGAUUUAUCAAAAGAAGAUAAAAAGCAAGGGGAUAUGCCGAGAAGAAAGCAGGAAUUAUGAAGCUCUUUUGCUAUGUCUAAGGCAGCCGUGAGGAAGCUGCACUGGUGCUCCAAGGUCCAGGAGAGAUUCAUCCCCCUGGUUGGUUCCUCUGGGGAACUGGGGGUGGCCGUGGGCGGUGGAGCUGACUAUGGAGAGUUCCCAUUCGUCACCACAGCCCCCGGGGGCGGGUUCACAGUGGGCGACAUCAUCCUAGAGAUUGGGGGUACCCCUGUGUUAGGGAUGACACUAGGAGAUGUCCGGGGGGUCCUUAACUCCUGCCCCCAUCCCAUCCGCAUCAAGACGGUCUCACCAGGCUCUGCCUUGUGUAAGGACCUCAGGCUGUAUCUGAGUAAGUGCUUCACUCCAGGCUCCAUGGACAGCCAGCUUCAGCAGGUCAUCCGGGAGAACCUCUACCUCCGAGCCGUGCCAUGCACGACCAGACUGCCCCGUGAUGGGGAGAUCUUGGGGGUGGACUACAACUUUGUCUCCAUAGAAGAGUUCUUCUCUUUGGAGGAGUCAGGGGCUCUUCUGGAGAGCGGCAAGUUCAAAGGGAACUACUACGGCACCCCCCGGCCAGUACACAUCGGUCCAGAGAGCCCUCCCAUCACCUACCAGGAACACCGCAACCUGCUCCGGAACUUCCGAACACGCAGCAAGUCACUUAGUAACCUGGAGAAAGCAGCCGAGGAGGGGGAGAACAGCGAGGAAGACUCUGGCCUGUCAGGUGGAUUAGCGGGUAUCAGCAAUGCCCAUCCCGUCGCCUUGUCCAGAGGGUCCAGUGGGGGGGAUGGCAGUGCCAGUGUGCAAGCAGUGAUGCCUAAAAACUGGGAGGUGGCCUACAGCGACUCAGGAGAGCCUUUCUACAUAGACCAUAACUCCAAGAUGACCAGCUGGCAGGAUCCUUGUGCACAGAGCAGCAGAGAGACAACGCUUGACAAGAAUACAUUACCAGGGUUCACAGACCAGCCAGGGGAGCUGAGGGGUUUCUCUAUCCACACACGCUUCUCUAAAGGUCCCAGGGGGUUUGGUUUCAACAUUGUGGGGGGCAGCAGAGCCAGGGAGUUCCUCCAGGUCUACAGCGUCACGCCAGGGGGACCUGGAGCUCUCAACACAGCAGAUAUCCUGGUUUACAUCAACGGCGUCUGUGUCCUGGGAACGUCCCACAAAGAAGUGGUAGAGAUGCUGAAGGCAGUGCCUGUGGGCCACAGUGUGGACAUGGUCCUCCGGAGGGGAUACCCCAUGCUCUACAACCCCGACGGCUGCCCCAAGCAGCCCCAUCCUGGGUUCACCAACGUCUGUGACCCCCUCCUCCCACCCACCACCACCCAGCCCCAGCCCUCACACCAGUGCCUCCCCCUCCUCCGCCCAUCCACAGCCCCAACCCAGACCCAGUAUCAUAAUCUCAAUGGGGUCCUUUCUCACCACUAUGACGUGGGUUAUAUGGGUCCAGGAGUGGGGCCAAGACUAGAUGCCAAUGGGAAUGCCACCUCCACAGCUACCCGAUCACCAACCUCUUAUAGACACUCCAGCGGUCAUCUUGCUCACUCCACGGCCUCUACUCCACCAUCGUACAGACUGUCUAGUGGGCACCUUGCUCACUCCGCUGACCCACCCUCAUACAGACGAUCCAGUCGCUACCUAUCUGACUCCACCUCCCCUACGCCACCCUCAUACAGACAAUCCAGUGGUAGCAUCACUCCCACCACCCCCCGCUCACUGAGGGGCCUCGCCCGCCUGCAGGCCUCUGACAACUGCCAGAGUGACAGCGAGGUGGUCUCAGCCAUCGGCUCACACAGGGCACUCAUGAUUCGUAACCACAACAAUAACUCCCUCUCUACCCCCCCUCAGCCCUUGCACUACAGAACCUCUAAGAGUGACCUGUCUGAGAGCAACCUGUCCACCUCCUCCACCCUCCCUGUGUCCAGACUGCCCAUGCCCCAGUCAGAGACACACCCUCUCUCGUCCUCCCCUGGCGGAGGGGCGUACUCCCGCCUCAUCAGGCCCCAGGCCUCCCUGCUGAGACCCCCUCCCACCCCUGACAGCCCCCACCUCAGCUUCAAUGGCUUCCAUGGCAAUACCAGCGGCAGCGGCAGCCCCAACAGCAUCUCGUCUCCCGGGGCGAUGAGCCUGGGCAGUGGGUUUGGGGUGGGAGGUGGGGUUGGAGGUGGAGGGGAGCUUGUGCCAGUGGCCCUGGCCCAGUGUGAGGGUGGAGGGGGGAUGGGUUUCAGUGUGACGGCCGGGGGACAGGGGGGCAGACUGGCUCUUGUCAAGAGGGUCUGGGACAGGAGGCAGUGCUCCUCCCUACAGCCAGGGGACGCCAUCAUGAAAAUCAACGGAGCAGACGUCCAGAGUCUCAGCUUUGCACAGGUACAACGGGUUCUCCUGGAACACACCAAACAAGGACAAGUGAUUUUAUUGGUUCACAGAAGAGGUUCCCACUGUUCUUCCAUCUCCCCCAACUCUAUGCGGAGAGUCCCCUCACCACUCCUCCGCCCCCCUCCUCCAGACGUGGCGUCAGACAACAAUCCUUCGCCCCCUGCGGACGUCCUGAUCCUACCCCGUCCCUCCUCCACCCCUCCUCCUCCUCCCCCAGCCAUGGUGCGCUCCUCUCUGGUCCAGAGCACCAGUUUCCUGGAGUCAGUCCCAGUCACCCUCACCAUGGAGCCCAAAGACUGGCUGAACGAGGGCAUGGAGGAUGAGCGGGAAAGGGAGGUGGUGAUCCCAGGACCAGGACAGGAGGUAGGGGGACAGAACCGUGUGCCCCGGGGGUUUGAUGUGGAGCUGAGGAGGAAGCCGGGAGAGGGGUUCGGAUUUGUCAUCGCUUCAGAGGAUGUAGAGAACAGGAAAGCCGCCUCCCUCCUCCCUCACCGGUUCGUGACGGUGCGUCGGGGCAGUCCUUCGGCGAGGAGCGGUCAGAUCCGACCCGGUGACCGGUUGGAGGCAGUCGAGGGGCGUUCUGUGGUGACCCUACCCCACCGGGAGCUCGCCCAUAUCCUGCGCCGAGCGGGAAACACCCUACGCCUCACCAUCAUCCCCCGUCCUAGCACAUACUCAUCCAGCCUAUCAGAGACCACAGACUAUGACCCCAAUUACAGAAGCAGAAAAGGGCACAGGUCACGACCCAAGCAUGACUCUAGGUAUUACAGUGUAGAGCUCGACCGCGGCCCAACAGGUUUUGGGUUCAGUCUGCGAGGGGGCAAUGAGUACAAUAUGGGUCUGUACGUACUGGGGCUGAUGGAGGGAGGACCUGCCUCACGCAGCCACAAAAUACAGGUGAGUGACCAGUUGGUGGAGAUCAACGGGGACAGCACAGCAGGAAUGAGCCACAGCCAGGCUGUAGAGCAGAUACGCAGGGGAGGACAACGCAUACACCUGGUGCUGAAGAAAGGCAACGGAUACGUACCAGACUACGGCCGUGAGCGCAGAGUCACCUCCCCCUUCCUCGCACAGCAGCACCCCGAGGAGCAGAGUGUGGCUGCAGUAGACCUGGCCCGCCGGGCGAGCCGCAGCUACAGGUCCAAGAGAGAUCCCUUCUCCUUCCUAACUCCCUCCUCUGAGCUGGAGUAUGCAGAGUCAGGAACCAGUCACUCAGACAGCAGUGUGCAUGCUGCCAGUGUCUCUGGCCUCUCGAUGGCCCUCACAGAGGGGUCCGUUCUAGGGGCCCCGGCCCUGCUGCUCCCAGGCCCCUGGCUCACACCCAGCCAACAGAGGAUCACUGAGGAGUUGCAAUAG